CACCUCUCAACCGUGGCCGUGGUGGUGGAUUCCCUUCGCUGCACGAGUGAGAUUGCGCACGUUCGGGGCCUGGUGGAGGCAGCCUUGCGCAUCGGAGUCAAUCUAAUCUAAACCCGCGACAAUCUCGACGCACAACCAUAAUCUCGUCUUAUAUAUACACACGAAGCUCAUCCCCGAUCGCUUUUCUGUCGCUUUGAAGCCUGUCGCAUAUUCCGAGUUCACCAUGAGGCCCUCGACAAUCGUUCUCUGUCUCGUUCCGACGAUAGCUAUCGCCGCCGAAGCCGACCGGGCGCCGUCUCCCACCCCCUCCCUACCCAAUACCACCCCGCCUGCUCCGUUACCAGAGAUUCAAAUCCGGCCCGACCACCAAGAAAACGUGCUGGAAAUCCACCCAGAGAUCCGUCAAUGGCAAGAGCGGGGGAUUCAGACGGACGAGGACCGCGCCAUCGACAGCGGACUGGGGACGCUGGCCGCCUCCGCGCGGGACACCAAGGCCCUGCGCGCUCGCAGUGAGGGCACUCUCGGACAGACGCCGUGGAUCGGAAUGGCCAUUGGAUUGACCUGUACAGCGCUGGCGGCCGUCAUGCUGGGCUGAAGGAUCGAUACCGUGGCCGCACCUGUUACCUUUGCAUACGGAGUUUCAUAAUUCUCGAUUUUACCUUUUUGACGACAUUGACCGGCAACCGCAUUGGAAUCGUUGGUCGCAAUUUUCCCACCUUGCUACGAGCGCAUCGCAUACCUUGGGUCCAAACCUCUGGCCCCUGCAUCUGAUCUGAUCUGCAGUGGACUGGUCACUUAAUACCAUGUGGAUACCGGAUACGUUCCCUGCAGGUUUCUGUUUUAUACCUUUUUCUUCUUCCGUCU